GGGCAAGCGGGCGUAGAAUUUUUCACCAAGAUUCUAUGGAAACCCUAAAAAUACCCGAAAUGUAGAUAAUGGGUAGGGCGGUCCCGCUACUUAAAUCAGUCAUAUCGGCCGAUAUCUCUCCUCUCCUCAGUAGCAAAGACUCGUGAGGCCUUCCAAUUCCCGAUAUUCCUUCUGUAAAAUGCACAUCACCACAACUGCACUUAAUGCUUUAAUCACCCAGGCCUUUACCAAAACCGCCCUUUCACGCGAUCUGACCUGGUAGCACUGGGUCUGUCAAAAGCUUUUGACACUGUCAAUCACUCGGUGCUACUAUCGGACAUUGAAUAGUCCAAGACAAUUACAAUUACAACCAGCAAAAGCCUCGGCUACCCUCCGGAGGAAGGAGUACCGGCUGGAAUUCGAUGUGAAAGUCAAUGGCGUAGAAAUUCAAACUAUAACAACCGAAAGUUAGUGGAAGCCACAUUCGAAAGCCUACAGUUGGCAUACGAUUGUCGCAAAAAAUCUGUUAAUCAAUUAUAAAAACGUACCCUCGGCAGUCACGUAAGACUCGAGUCAUACGGUUACAGAGAGAGCCAACAUAUAUCCAUGCCUCCUGAAUCCAACUCAUCUAAUACUUCAAUACAAUCGCCAGAGUAGUGUCAGAUUUCAAAGUUUAAUUUAUUCUCAGGCGGUGUCAUAAAAAGUAGACGAUUUUGCAGACUCUGUGUUGGCGGAAUUUCGGAUCAUUUUUCCUGACCGAGCGCGUUAGGGUCGAUAAAAAUAUUGCGAAGAAUUUUAUUUUUUUUUAACGGAGUUGUUGACGAGUACUCCCGAAUGAAUUCAAAUACGUUCUUUGUUAUACGUUCUCUGAGUUAGAUUCCAACACUAUUGCCAACCUGAGAUACUAUUUUCAAAAACGCAGUCUGGCAACGCCAUACACGCGUUUUAAAGCGCAGAUAAAAGUUAAUAUUUUUCGUGUUAAAAAAUAUUAAAAAUGUAGUUUUCAUAUUAAAAAAGUUAAAAUUAACUUGCAUUGUUUGCCAAGGAGCAAAAAGUGAAAAGCAAAUACACUUUUGUGAUACAAAAAAUUAAUAAGUAGAGUGAAUACAAUUCCAACGCAUUUCCAUAACAGUAAAAUAAGAGUGACGUCUUUGCUAUCUGACAAGAAAAUGUUUAAUUAUCGUUUAUUCUUGUCUAAAUUUUUGUUAUCGUCAACGAUAUACAAAGGUUCUAAAGCAGUAUAUUUGGCAGGCUGCUACAGUUAGUGCAGGUAGUAAUCUUCAGUUUUGGAAGUAAAAUCUUUAUUGCGGGAGGGGGUAGUCGGAAAAAUAUAGUGGUCGUGAUAUAGCAGCAGCCGCAGUACACAUUUGGCAAGUGUGUAUCUGUGUGUGUGUACAUCGCAGUAUUUUUGCGGCAUAAGGUAGCGGGUGAAGGAGGUGGACCGUCGUCUCUGUCUUAUCAGUUCCGAGCUGAACGUUGACGCCAGUGGGCCGUUUAUAGUAGCCUCAGUAGUAAAGUCAACGUACGGUUCAGUCGUAUAUGAAUAGUGCCGGCCAUACCGAAGGUCAAAUGACGAUAUUUAUUUACUGUAAUUUUGAGCAGAUCGCGAAGUGCAUAUCACGCAAGCUUAUAGCAUAAAGUGCGUUUAAUUAAAAAAAAAAAAACAACAACACAAACUAUUGUUCUUUUUGGACAUGACCGACAAGAAUGCUGGUCAUAAUGGUACUCAGUGGACGAAAGCAACGGUUACCGGAGCAGCUGCUAUUGCUGCACAACCACAUAAAUCACAUAAUUCCAGCUUACUCACUGGACCGCAACAUCUCCUACAUCAACCUCAACGUUUAUACGAUCCAGCAGCAAUAAUGCCAGCCCAUAGCAGCAUUUUUGGCGCAGGUGUCGGUGCCGCACUUGGCCAUCCCGCGCAUCCCGAUGGUAUAGCACCGUUCGCUGGUGCACGAUUUCAUCCACCACCUCUUCCAAUACAACAGUCCACAAUAGACGCAGCCAAUAUCACACAUACAAUUGUACACCAGCAUUCCCAACAUUCAACACAAAUUACACAGCAUCAAAUGUCACCAUCGCAUACACCAACAACCAUGCUAACAGCACCUGCUGCCGCUUCUCCCAGUGUACCUGUACAAAGUGGUUUUGUACCACCACCAUUACUUCCAGCUUCAGCUACAUCGGUGUUAACUCCAAACCCAUUCGCAGUUACACCCCAGUUGGAACAUCUAGCGCCACAUUUGAAUUUGCAACAACAAUUAGAGUUGAAUAAAAUCAUGACUGUAAUGAGCUCAAGUAACACCGUGGGAUCAGUAGGUGGAAACAACUCAAGCAGUUCAAGUCAUCAGCAGCCAACACGCCACAUGGUAAUCGAUGUGCCAAUGUCCAGUACUGGGAGUAACAGUAAUAACAGCUGCAGUAGUAUUAAUGCAACAGGGCCAGUUUCAGGGGCUAUUAGUAGUACAAUAACUGAAAAUGUUCUAAAUGCUAUUAGCGCAGCUCCCAACAGCAGUGUAAGUGCAAGUGUGCCUGCGGUUCAUGGUCGAUUGACAGGCAUAGGCGUGAGAAUACCAGACGAUGAUCGCUUGCGACGUAUACAAGAAGCCGUCGGAGCGGGAAUAAGUGAUUUGGCAAAACUACAAAUACAACAAAUUGUCGACCGUGUCUCUGUGUUGAAGCCAAUGGAAAAGCUAUUACUUUAUUUGAGAUUACCAGGAGAAGCUUCUGAAACAGAUCCAUUAAGGCAUCCACAAAACCCGUUGGGUACUCGUUCUGAAAUAAAUCACACCAUUAACUGGGUCCGUUCGCACUUGGAACAUGAUCCUAAAGUAUCUAUACCAAAACAAGACGUAUAUAAUGAUUACAUAGCAUAUUGUGAACGGCUCGACAUAAAGCCGCUUUCCACAGCAGAUUUUGGAAAGGUGAUGAAGCAGGUGUUUCCGGGCAUUCGCCCACGCCGUUUAGGCACUCGUGGUCAUUCUCGUUACUGCUACGCAGCUAUGCGAAAAACUACCAAACUAGAUGCACCGCAAUUGCCUCUACUGGACACCGCUGCAGCCAAUGAGUCAUCAUUAGUUGAUGGAAGAAGUGAUGACGGUCCUCCAGGAGAAGUUGCUCCGAGUAAUCCUGAUACCGAAACAUGGCAAAUUAUCCGCAACUGGGCUGAAAGUAUGUUAAAUGUAAAAGUAGAUAAUGCUCAGGAGCUAGCUUCGCAUAUUAAAUCCGUUAACGUUGGAAAAGAAAUAUCAGCAACUGCACGCUCCGGCGGUAGUACGACACAUAAAAAGUAUACUCCACGCGAACCGAAAGAGAAACGUUUAAUGGUUUUUAAGGACAUGGGUCCAUUGAAGAAACGUCGAAAGAAAAAACGUAAAGGCUCUUCAUCAUCUGAGUCUAGCUGCAGUCACAUUUCACCUAAGGCUUCAGUACAACCGCAGACGCCUUUAUCUGCUACAGAUGCGCAGUCGGCCGACGUAAAGCCGGUAUUAACCGGCGAAUUGAUACAGAUUAAACAAGAAGUAGUAGAUUCCCCUACAAUGCAACGCGUGCAACAUUUGCCAGCUGCCAUUUCACAGCUACCACAAAUUACAACUGCAAAUGACACUUUCUUGCUACAGCAGCAACAGCAACAACGACAACAACAACAGCAACAACAACAAAUGUUGCCAAUGAAUUUAGUGACAGAACAACGUACAGUGUUGGCACGUGCACCACCUGCCCCUAGUGCCUUUGGCGUAGUACAUGCGCAAGUUCAAAUACCGCAACAACGGCAUCCUACUCGAAAUAUCUUAACGGGAGUUAUGCCUAGUACAUCGGCCGUUAAGAAUCUAACACCGAAAAUCAUUGAGCUUGGCACAGCAGAAUCGGCUGCAAUGGCAACUACCGCCGUACAAGAACCGGCUACAGUCAUUAAAGAAGAAGAAUUUUUGGAUGAGUACAAUACAAAUAUAUUUUGUAAGAAGGUACGUAAAGCUCAACAGACUAAAGGAUUUUGGGCCAAUUCACCUACUUGCGUGCCGAGUAAUAUCGCUGUGCCUAGCAUAACAACUACUGCAGCACCUAGUGAUGUAGACUCUUCAUCAGUAACAUUAUCGGCUGUUGCAACAUCAGUUAUAGCUACAUCUGCUAUGUCUUCAACUCAUGCUUCAGCAAUUAACCCAGGCACAGAAUCCACUCCCAGUGAUUUAAUGGGACCACCAGCACAAAUUGGCAGUCAUACAUCUGUUAGUCCGUCGAGCUCUUUAUUGACUGCUGAUAGCAGUAGCAACGCAACAGCUCAUCCUCCAAUAGCGGCUUCGCCAAAAGUUUUGUCACGCAAUAUGCAACAAAUGCGAGCCAAACGUCAGCAGAUUAUGGCAGCCCUGGCAGCAGAAGCCCAUGCAAAUGCUAGUAACAUAUCCGAUGCAGAUGCUGGUGAUCUGCCAUCAAAUUUGGGUUUGCCACGUGAGCGUGUCAUAAGUAUAUGCAACAUGGACAAGCACGAAUUGGAUGAUUAUUUUGUAGAUGGCGAGGUAGAGGAGGAGCAAGAGGAUCAAGAUACUGAAUUGCUUCAAUAUUUUCAGACGAGAGACGCUGAGGAAAAAUCGAAUUCCUCAGAUGCUGUAAAAUCAAACAAGUAUCCAACAGCAGCGACGCAAGCAACACCAACAAUAGCAACACAGGCAACGAAAACGUUAACAUCAACGAGUGCAAGAGCUUUUGCAAAAACAACGUCAUUGACAGCGAAAUCGUCGCCUCAGGCUAUCAACAAGCAACUAAGCGUACAACUAAAUGUCGCGGAUAACUACAGUUAUUCACCACAGUUAUCAAACAGUGGCGUUACUAACGCUGGCGCGAACAAAAAGCAGACGGCGACAAGCGUUUUCUUACAUAAAGCGAGCCCGACAACAACAACAACUACAACAAUGGCUGUUGGAUCGGCCUCAGCGUCUCUCACUUUUAUGUCACAGAAGCAUCAACAAGAACUACAACUUCAUAAUCAAUUAGUUAGAAAAGAAAGUUCACAACAAACAAAUACUGUAACCAACAUUAACAACAACAACAAUCUUAACAAGCGGAAAAUCAGUUUGAGUGGCCCAACCUUAAAUGCAGCCGAAGUUAUGGCCACCCGCAAGAAUUGCAUAUUCUUUCCCAUUUCACCCAACACCAACACGGUCAAUAGCGGCAACGCUAAAACCAUUGGAACUAACGUUAACAACAGCAAAUUCAAUGGUGGCAACAUUUCAUUGAGCACUACAAACUCACUAAACUCGAGCAAUGGAAAUAGCGGUGGAUCUUUUUUCGUAAGUCCAGGUCAAAGCGCACAUCGUGUACGACCAAAAGCAUCAUUUGCAUUCGGCAAACAAUUGUCAUUGGAGCAGGAGUCUAGUGACCCUAUGAUAGGUGCCAGCCGCCGACGCCGGAGCUACGCUAAUCUCGGAGGCAUAUCAGGUGGUAACAAUUCACUCUUACCCCUCACUUCGGCUUCAGCACCACCUAGUCCGUCUGUUUUGCAACAGCAACAGCAGCAGCAGCAGCUACAACAACAAAAUUUUUAUGGUUCACUUUUUUCGAGUGGUACCGUUGGUGAGGCCGACAUGGUUCAACAGCUCGACAAUCAGUCUGCAAGUGGUGUCCCUUACAAUCAUCAGAUGAAUAGCAAUACGACUUUAAACACAGCAGAUUUGGCAGCCGAUCAAAAUUCUUUGGACCUGGAUUUAUUUAGCACAGCGGUGGCCAAAGCGAUGGAUUAUGAUGGGUUGACAUUGGAUGAGCUUACGACACCAAACGAAAUGCAACGUUCACAAUCGGUGCCUCUUUCCCAGUUGCAACGCAUACAUUCACCGGCCUUUAAUCGUAGUUUCCAAACUGCCCCUUAUUCAGCAUGUACAUCGGUUGCACAAACACCAGUUCCGCAUGAAUUUGCCGACUCAUCUACUCUCUUCUCUGAGAAUAGCUGUAGUCAGAAUAGUGGCGGUAUUGGCGGAUCCUUAAACGGAAAGCUUGCCGCCCAAACAACGGCCGCUAAAUUGUUGGAUGAUGAGGCGGCGCUAUUAGCUAACGAUCCGGUAGCGAUGCUGGAUAAUCUGGAUGUAGCUGAGAUGUUUCAAACGGACUUUUUGCAAAUGAAAUUUCAAAAUAAUUUGCAAAGUAACGCCACCACAACAACAUGCUCUUCAGCAGGCUCAUCGUCAGGUUAUAGCAGCAGUGCUUGCACUGCAUUCGGAAGCGCUGCUUUAAUAUCAGGCGGCAGCGGUGGCAGCGGAAAUAAUAUAAUUGGUUGCUCAGGCAAUACCACAUCAAGAUCUGUGCCAUCCACACCACUGCCGCAUCAGCAACAACAAAGUCCCUUUAGUUCAUACUUUUAUUGCGGGCGGCGACGUCUUGAUGAAGAGGCGCACCUUUCGCCGUCGCUUACCACAUCAAACACUACCAUGGGUGGUAAAUUCACAACAACUGUUUUCAAGUAUAGCAAUCACGGUAACGCUCCAACCGGGAAUGGUAAUGGUGGUGGCGGCGGCGGCGGCUCCUACAACAACAAUUACGAUAUAUCACGUUCCAUGCCAACGACACCCACGGCAACGCCACGUUUUCGCUACAGUCCAAUUGAGUUUACACGCGAAUUUCUUAGCAAUGGCAAUACCAUAGACAGUCUGAUUAGUGGAGGCCCCAACACCGGCAGCCUUACCGAUGCUGGUGCACCAAGUGAGGGACUUAGUGCCGCAUUAACCGGCCUCACUGGUAAUAAUGAUGCACUUAUUGAUGAUAGUUGUGGUCUUUCCGCAGAUGUGUUCAUUAAUACGACGGUAACCGAUGCUGAGUCAAUGAUGGCUGAAGCGAACGAGUUGUUGGGAAAUUUGUAGGAUUCGCAGGAAGAGGAAGUGAAGUUGGCUAAUAACAGAGGUAAUAGUAAUGACAAAAACAAUGCAAACACCACCAAUAAUGAGACUGGCAAAGCGCAAUUAGUAGGCAGCCAAGGGUCACUUGCUGUUGAUGAUGAAAAUGAUCCGCAAGCGAUCGUAAUGCCAACUAGUGUUGUUGUUGGGCUCUUAUUGGAGCAAGUAGGUAAGCUUUAAACAAAUAUAUAGUUUCCCUUUGAACUAUGACCGUUCUUGAGUGGCAUUAUCAAAUGUUGGAGUGAGCAAGUCAUAACGAUUAAAGGAUAUACCUUAUAAUUAUAACUGAACAAUGGAAAAGUUGUAUUUUUCCUUCUUUAAGAAGGAAUUCGUUCUUAAUAUUAAAUAAUUUUUAUCUUAUCUUAGACGCGGCAAAGUGUUUGCCUAUCAAUUCAAGCAUUUAUAAUAUUUUUUUUUUUUUUGUUUCUGACCCAUCCAAUUUAUUUUUUAUUUUACUUCAUUUAAGAAACGGCAAUAUUUCAAACUCUAAGCUUGUUGAUGGAAAAAUUGUUCGUUAUUGAGCUUAAAAACACUAGAAUAUAUUAUAUAAGACUUCGAGCACUCAAAGUGGCAAUGAAGUGGAUCUGAUCGUAGCUUUCUAAGGUUAACAUAGCAUUUUCCUUGUCCCCGGUCGGCUGAAAACAUGUAUGUAGUCUGCAUUAAUGCGGCUUGUCUGCUACUCCCGUUAGGACACAAAAGCCAACAAAGCUUUCUCUUCAAAGACCAAAUUCGCUAAAUAUGUUAUUAGGGUUACUCGAUUUUUAUAUUUUUCUAUUACCUAGAAUUUCGCUAGCUACAAAUAUCAAUAUUACAAUCUUCUUGACAAAAAAAAAAA